AUGGAGUUAGGAUCAAACAAUCUUUCUUCACUGGCUCCACCUGUGUUUGAUGGUGAAAACUAUCAAACAUGGGCAAUCAGAAUACAAGCGUACAUGGAGGGUUGUGAUUAUUGGGAAGCAAUUGAGCAAGAUUAUGAAAUUGCUCCACUUCCUGAUAAUCCAACAAUGCAUCAGAUCAAGACUCACAAGGAGAGGGUCACCAGGAAGGCAAAGGCUCGAGCUUGCCUAUAUGCAGCUGUGUCUCCCGCCAUAUUCAACAGAAUUAUGGCAUUGAAGUCAGCAAAGGAGAUCUGGGAGUUCCUCAAAAGUGAGUAUGAAGGUGAUGAGAGGAUUAAAGGCAUGAAGGUGUUGAACUUGGUAAGGGAAUUCGAGAGAAUCCAAAUGAAGGAUUCUGAGUCCAUCAAAGAGUACUCAGAUAAGUUGAUCGGGAUUGCUAACAAGGCAAGAGCAUUAGGAAUUGAUCUAUCUAACAAUAGAUUGGUUCAGAAGAUUAUGGUUUCAGUACCUGAGAGAUAUGAAGCAACCAUUGCUUCCUUAGAAAAUUCUAAAGAUCUCACUAAGCUCAAAGUGAUAGAAGUAGUGAGUGCUUUACAAGCACAGGCGCAGAGGAGAUGCUGGAGAAGGCCAGAUGUGAAGURUAGAAGGUGUCAUUUAUUGGGGCACAUUGAGAGGUUCUGUAAAGAAGCAAAAACUCAACAGCAAGGAGGAGCGCAUGCUGCAGUACAACAAGAGGAAGAUCAACUYUUUGUGGCUACUUGUUUCUCAUCAGUCACUCAAUGUGAYAGUUGGUUGGUUGAUAGUGGGUGUACCAAUCAMAUGRCAAGUGACAAAGAGUUGUUUAAGGACCUUGACAGGUCAUUUAAGUCAAGGGUGAAGAUAGGGAAUGGUGAGUAUCUUGAAGUAAAGGGGAARRGCACARUGUCAAUAGAAAGCUGUGUUGGAACCAAGUUGAUUACUGAAGUAUUGUUUGUCCCUGRGAUUGCUCAAAACUUGUUAAGUGUUGGUCAACUAGUAGAGAAGGGAUUUAAAGUGUUGUUUGAAUAUGAGAAGUGUCUCAUUUCUGAUUCUAAUGGGAAUGAGUGGUUCAAAAUAAAGAUGCAACACAAGAGCUUCUCAUUAGAUCCAGUAGAGAAGGAUCAGAUAGUUUCCAAGUGUCAAGUGAAUGACACUGAGUUAAGGCACAAAAGAUUGGGGCAUUUUCAUCAAAGGGGGUUGCAGUAUCAGCAGGAAAAUGAGAUGACAAUAGGAGUACCAAUUCUGGAGGAGCUUAAAACAAACUGCGGAGUGGUGAGGAUUGAUACUGGGACAGAAUAUACGUCGCAAAGAUUCAAUUCUUUCUGUGACGAAGAUGGGAUAGAGCAUCAACUCACUGCUCCAUAUUCUCCACAGCAAAAUGGAGUUAGUAAGAGGAAGAAUAGGAGUAUUAUGGAGAUGACAAGAUGCUUAUUGCAUGAGAAGAAUUUGCCAAAGGAGUUUUGGGCUGAAACAGCAAACACAAUCGUCUCUCUAUUGAGUAGACAACCUACAAGGGUCUUGGAGAAGAAGACACCCUAUGAAGUUUGGUUUGAUACUAAACCAAAGCUGGCCAAUUUGAAGGUGUUUGUAGCAUUUGAGUCAGAAGGAGAAUGGGUUCCAAGGAAAAGUUACGAGGAAGAUUCCGGCGAGGGUGGGAGUUCAAUGGAGAGUAACCCAGGCGUGAUGGAGGUAGUUGUUGGAGGGAUGAUUAGCCCCGAUGAUAGUUCAAAAAACCGGGGGGACAUGUGGAGAGGCGGAAUUGAUGGAACGGUGAGUUUGGAGGGGUGUGCAGGUCUGAAAGGACGAGAUGAUGAUUUUCCAGAAAGUGCACAAGAGAAGACUAAUAGAAGUGGAGGAUAG